AUGUCUGCCGCUUUCAAAAAGGCCGCCGAGGAUUCCAAGAAGCUCCUCGCCAAGCCCAGCAACGACGAGCUCCUCGAGCUCUACGGUCCGUUCCUUUCUACCCCGCCUUGUGCAGCACGACGUCAACUGCCAGAUGACAUGACCUGGCGGCGCGUACAGGGCAAGGCCAAGAAGAACGCCUGGCAAAAGGUCGUCGACGAGGGCAUCUCGGCCGAGACUGCCCAGGAGCGCUACGUCGCCCUCGUCGAGCAGCUCAAGACCAAGUACGGCUUUGACGAGAACAAGGUCCCCGACGCUGUCGGCAACUAA